UUUCCCGUUGGGUACGAGUGGCCAAUUAUGCGUAGAAGCAAGCUUCAUUUGACCGUUGUGUCCUCCAUAAGGUCCUCCCAAACCAAGUGCACCUGCGCUAUUGGCAAUGCUUUGGUGACCGAAGAGAUGCUAGAUGAUCACCGGCUUGUCACGGUGGGUGUAGUAUCUGGCGGUAGUAUUCGGAUGGAGGGUCAGUAAAAGGUUCACGUAUUUUUUAAUAAAAAAUACUUUAGUAGGAUAAUAUUUGUUUGUUUAAGCCAUUUUUUAAAUUUUAAUCGUAAACUCAAUAAAAAAUUCAAAUGCAAGAGAAAAUUAUUUAAAAAAGG